AUGCAAUUGUUGGUAACGAACAAAAAGGUGCAGCCUUCUGGAAGAGGGAUUGUCGAGUUCUACAACUCCAGUCCUCUUCUCGUUGGGACAGUGCCAAGAGAACUAGGGCAAUGCAAGCAAAGAUGGGCUAGGAUCAAUGAUUUGGUCUGCAAGUUUGCUGGCUGCUACGACACGGCAUUGAGGGAGCAGAGAAGCGGUCAAAAUGAUAACGAUGUGAUGAAGGCUGCCUUGGAUAUCUUCAACAGUGACCAGAACAUGAAGUUCAACUUGGAACACGCGUGGAGGGAGCUUAGGCAUGAUGUCAAAUGGUGCUCCACCUAUCUGGAGAAGGACAAGGAUAAGCGCAAAACCGCGGAUACUCCGGUUGCAGAACCAGAAGAUAGACCAAUUGGGGUUAAGGCUGCGAAGGCUGCGGGUAAGAGGAAGAAAACAGGAAAAGAUGAAGAAUUAACCAAGCUUGAAGGGCUGAUGGAGAUUAAAAAGCAAAUCUCAAGGCAAAGUUUGCUUGAAAGUUUGCUUGCAAAGCCUGAGCCACUGCCUGAUAUGGAAUUAGCACUGAAAACAAACUGUUAUCUGAAAUGUUGUCUUGAUGGAUCAGUAAAGACAUGUGCGAGAUGA